GUUUAUAUGUGUCAAGUGUUAAUUUAUUUGGGGUUGGCCCAAACAUAUUAAUAAUAUUUGACACCCAACCCAGCAGCCCAUUUCUCUUAGCCCAUCUCUUUAUUCCUAACCUAAUUAAGCUUACCUUAAUUAGCUCCUAAAUCUCUACUAUAAAUUGAGGCUUCCCCUUUGUGUUUCUACACCGUGAAAACAUCCCUCUCUUUGUGAGUUCUUUGUGUGAUAUUUCUCUUCCUCUGUGAGUUCAUCUCAGUUCUUCUCCGUUUCUUUGUGAGUGGAGUGUGGCGAGGUUGGGUUGGGGUGUUGCUCCUUUUGGUACCCUUGUAGUGCACAACUACGGACCGAAUUUUACGGGUGACCUGAGUCUAAUCAGAAUAAAUAAAUACACACAACAAUGGUAUCAGAGCCUGGUUUGUGCUCAGUAUUUAUUUAUUUUUCCGUGAGGUGUUUUUUCGGAUCUACUGUUCUGGGUUUGUUCUUUCUUUUGUUUUCCUUCGGUCAAAGCGUCAAUCCCUUAGUGGGAUAUUUUUUGUGUGUGGUCAGCAUCCUCACUCAUCCAUCAUCAUAAAAAAAAAAGGAGUCUUGUAUUAUUCUUGUGGGUCAAGAACGAAGCAGACUCUUGACUUCGGACCUGCGAUCUAUCUUCGUGCGAUCAUCACCAGCGUCCUGAGACGGAAAACGGCAGGCGACCGGCGACCCGCUAGAGAGCUUCAAGAAGCAGACCCUGACGUGCUCCGGCGAGCGCAGAACCUCAGCGGCAGGGACGAGUGGCAGAGCCGGACUCGCACCAAUUGCUGCCAGAAUUCUUCCAUGGAGUUGGUAAGUCGAAUCUAGGCAUUAGAUUCGCCCAGGUACACAACUCUUUAUCCCUUUGCUUUCGUAGCAUUUUUUAGGGUUGUUUAAUUCCGCUGCAUUAUUUCCGAUUGCCUAAUUCCACUAUAGUUUGUGCUCGUGUGAAAGAACAACGGGAUUGAGUAAGCAAUUUUUUGCUAACAUAAUAAUCUUGGGUUGUUCGUGCAAUUGCUUCACACACGUGAGCCAAAUUUGGAAAAUUUAGGCCAUAUUCUACGUGCCUCUGUGUUGCUGAUUUUUUCAGUUUUUUAUUCUCUUUUGUGGGUGUUUUCUCCUUUGUGGUGAUCUUUUUGAUCAUUUCUCUCCUUAGUGGAUAUGUCUACUAUGAAUCAGUAUGCUUUGACUCCUUUUAAUGGAAAAACUGAUUUUAGUAUUUGGAAACAAAAAUUGAAGUGUGUUCUUGUUCAUCAAAAAGUUUAUAGAGCUGUUAUUAAUUCAUAUCUAGAAACAGACGCCAAAGAGAAAAGAGUUGAAAUGAAUGAAAUUGCUUGUUCCAUAAUUUACUUAAACUUAACUGACUGUGUGAUCAGAAAAGUUGGUAUCUUGGAAUGUGCUAAAGAUCUUUGGAAUAAACUUGAUGAACUUUAUACUGAAACUUCUUUGCCAAAUAAGAUUUUCUUACUUGAAAAAUUUUUCAGGUUUAGAUUGGAUAUGUCUAAGGACAUAGAAGAAAAUCUAGAUGUUUUCACCAAACUGAUUUCUGAUAUUAAAUUAACCGUUGAUAAACAUAUUGAUGACUACACCCCUAUUGCUCUUUUGAAUGCUAUUCCUGAUUCCUACAGUGAUGUUAAAUCUGCAAUUAAAUAUGGUAGGGAUAAUAUUUCUCUUGAUGUUGUUGUGAAUGGUCUCAAGAGUAAGGAAUUAGAGUUAAAAAAUUCUAAGAGUGAUAAAAAUUCUGGGGAGGUUAUGCAUGUGAGGGGUAGAACUUUGAAUAAGUUUCAAAACCAUAAACAUGCUAACAAUGAUAACUCAAAUGUGAGAAAAUUCAACCAGAGAAGGGGUAAGUCUAGAUCCAAGUCUAAAACAAGAAAAUGUUAUAAUUGCAAUGAAUAUGGUCACCUUAGUAAUAGUUGUUCUAAGCCUAAGAAAAUUCAGCAAAAAGAUCAUGCUAAUAUGGCUAGUGAAUCAAACAACUUUGGUGAUGUGUUAAUGAUCAAAGAUUAUGCUUAUUUGAACUCUGUGCUAUCGGAUUAUCUGUGUGAAUCUGAUUGGCUAGUUGAUUCUGGUUGCACCUUUCAUAUGUCACCAUUUAAAAACCUUUUUUCAAACUAUCAAGAGAUUGAUAAUGGUAUUGUGUCCAUGGCUAAUGAAAAGAAAUGCAAAGUUUUUGGAAUUGGAGAUAUGUGUCUUAAAUUUGACUCUGGAUCUAUUAUGAGACUAUUUCUAAUGAGGUGGAGCAUGAUAGUGUAGAAUCACAUGUUGAAAAUGAUUUGCAUGACUAUCAACUUGCUAGGGAUAGAAAUAGAAGAACCAUUAGCAAACCUGCGAGAUAUGUUGAUGACUGUAAUAUGUCUGAGUUUGCUUUUCAUGUGUUUGAAUCCCUUGAGUGUGAUGAACCUAAGACUUAUCGUGAAGCAUUAGAAUCUAAAUGUUCUAAAAAAUGGGAGGGAAUAGAAAAAACGACCCGACCUGUUUUUGACCCGAAACCCGACCCGAAAAUACUGGGUUUUGAACAAAGGUUUUGCUGACCGAACCCGAAGUUGACCGAACCCAAAAUGACCCGCUAAAAAUGGGUCAAACCCGACCGAACCCGAACCCGACCUGACUGACCCGCUAAUCUAUGAUUU